AUCUUAUCUCACAUUUGAUAGGACGUCAGGUUAGUCAUGUGACCUGGGCGUGUUUCACUUUGAAGUGCGGUGGCAGUCGUUGGGCAAAACAAGCGCCGUGCGCUACCUUCUCAGUUUGUUCGGCUAAUUUAUUAGUUUUAAAGAUUUUUAGAUAUGGAUUUCCAAAAGCCGAGGAGCGGCAGCCAGACGUCGCCGUCUUCCAAGUUGUCCAAUGGAUACAUUCUGCCUGAUGGAAAACUAACUCCCAACGCCAUCUUCGUUGGUGGGAUAGACAUGAAGGUGGAUGAAAAUGAAAUGCGGGACUUCUUUGAAAGAUAUGGUGCUGUCAAGGAAGUAAAAAUUAUUACAUAUCGUGGAGGAAUCUGCAAGGGGUAUGGCUUUGUGUACUUCAAUGAAGAUGUCAACAUUCCAUCAAUCAUUGAGCAACAGAUCAGUUUUAAGGGCCGGAAACUUAAGCUGGGCCCUGCAAUCAUGAAAGAAAGGAGUUCACGGUCCAUGCCAUCUCGUCUGGCUGCCCCACCUCCUUGGAUGAGCCCCACCCAGUACUUCUACUGUGCUUGCUGCUCACCCAUGGGAGGUGGCGGUGUGGCUCAACCUCAGCCCAUCCUCAGUGGAGGAAGCCCGUACAAUUCGGUAACACAUCCGUACUCCUAUUCCAACUUCGGAGGAGGGGUGUUUGUCCCACAGAUUCCAGUGAACUUCGCACAGAAUGCCUACGCCUACCAGCAGUACACGCCAACUCACUGGACGGCGGACCAGAGGUCGCAGCCCCUCAAUCAGGGCUUUGUGGACUGUGGAGUCCAGACUAUGUUGACUGUGCUGUAGUCCUCGGCUACGGAGCCUCCUGCCAGUUACAGGCUAUAGUUGCUACAUUGCAGACAGGACACACCGACAUCUUGACGUUCCGGACGGCCGGAAGCAACCCAACUCCCCAGACCAUUUUUCAAUAUGCCCUCCCUCAUUUGCUGAGAUCCAUUUUAACACCAGAUUGCGGGAACUCUCCACUUUAACUGUACAAGUUUGACCACAGUCACUUUGACCCCAAUUUGUAGGGUUGACUCUGUGGUCGGCGCCUUUUAAUCUACAUGGAUCACAGUAACAAUUGCACUGCAAGAGUUUCACCGGACCAGCUGAUAUAUGGGCUUUUCAUUUUUUCUUUCUUUGUUUUUUUUCUUCCUUUGGUAAAUUAUCCCCCAAACAAAAGAUGCAAAAGACUUUUAAGAUCACCCUUUGUGCCUAAUUAUUUUAUGUUGUAUUAUUUAUUUGGGGCAUUUUUUUUAAUGUUUGUUUGUUUGUUUGGGCCUUUUUUUAGUCUCUGUGAUGGCUCUCUGUACAUAAAGGCUAAAUGCUAGAUAUGUCUAUAUAUUCUAACAAUGCCUUGACAGCAGUCGGGUUGUUUGGGCAUUGGAGUAUGUAUAUUUAACUCAAGUUCAGGCCUAAAGAUUCUCUAUUUACGAAUUUUCAUUCACUUUUCUACAACAGUGUUGCAACACAAUUAAUUGGUCAUUCAUUUCAAACACUCACGGGUGUUGCAUUUGGGCUCACUGAAAGGUGCCCUUAUUAAAUAUAACUGAUUUCUUGUCUCGGUCACACAGGAAAUUUAUCAGGGUUAAUUCCACAGGGCAGGUGACGCACUGAUCAUCUGCGUGUCCCAUUUCUUACCUCGCCCACCCUGUGACCGCUCCUUUUCCAGGGGUUCACACUCUCGGGACAAUCACGGCAUCAAUUUUUUUGAUACAUUUCCCAUUUCUCAUUAAUCAACUUCUACUGGGGGAAAGCAGUUUUAAACCACUUUAAAAAUGAAGGACAUGGUUUAUAGUAAGGUGGGGAAAACGUUCACAGUACAUGGUUCACUUUAUACAGGGAGAUUUAUAGCAACAUUUUGGGGUUUUAAUCUAAUCACACGUGAUCUUACAGGAAGUGUUUUACUGACAUUGCGAGUGUGAUUUAUUUUUUUUAAAGUUCUUUUCAGUAAGUGCACUCAGUAUGUCUUUAAGUUUCAUUAUAGGAGCAGCUUUGUAUGGUUGGGGACGCACAUUUGGUGUAUAUGGUACACAUCACAUUAUUUAGUUGUCCUUGUUGACACAGUUCUGUUGAAUUUUAUAAGACGUUGACCUUAGGAUCUCCUGUUUGCAGACAUCUGAUUGUAUCGAUAGCAUUGUUUUUGUUCAGAGCCCGGUCACAACACUUGUUAGGUUUGGCUUAUUGUUUGUGUUCUUGUUUCUACCAGGGUUAAAAGUAUUUUUGUUUGGGGGAAAAUAUAAUAAAAGUUGAAGUGUUAAUAAUUUAAA